GCUCGCAUGAACGUGUGCUGCUCUGACAACAACAGACUGACUGGCUGCUGAUGGAAAGAGAAUUAGCUGCAGGCUUUUUUGCCUAGUUAAGUAAGGGCUAAACAAUACUAAGCUUAACAAAGCAACUACAGCCUCUCAUGUGAGUUUAAUUUAACAACCUUGUUGUGUAACAACGUCUAUUUGGUACAACUUAAUGAGUCAGCGGCAUUCUUUCGCUGGUUAGCCUGUCAAGCUAGCAAACUAAAGACAACUUUAUUGAAAUAAGUGACGUAUUUCUUUCGUUAUAUAGCCAAUGCAUAUAUGUGUUGUCUAAGCCAUGGAUAGGUUGUCUAAUUGUUAAAAAAACAAAAGUUGGCAGUGUUGGCUGGGUUGAACUGUCGUGUGUCCAGUAUGAACGCAUCAGCUGGGGAAAGAGAGCCUGGGAUCCCCCUGGAUAAUGCAAAGGAAGAAGUCAGUGGCCCUACCUGCACAGGAGAGAGCAGCAAGCAUGACUCUGCAGUAUGCGCAGGCAACAGUGAAAUAAAGAGCCGUGCCGUUGUUAAGUACUCUGCCGCCCCGCCUCCUACCAGCUAUGCCCUGCUGCAGGAGCAGACCGACCUGAAGCUGCCUCCUGCUAACUGGCUCAGAGAAAACCCCCAGCUGGGCAGCGCUGGCACCACUGUGUUAGGCUCCAGCAGCAAGAGCAAGCCUUUUUCUAGUUUUGGGAUGGCUUAUGAAUUCCUUGAUUGCAUCGGGGAUGAUGUCGACGUGGUAUCAGACUCUGAGAACAUCAAGAAGCUUUUGAAAAUUCCCUACAGCAAGUCCCACGUCAGUAUGGCCGUUCACCGUGUUGGGAGAACGUUGCUUUUGGAUGAGCUGGACAUCCAGGAGCUCUUCAUGCGAUCCUCUCAGACAGGAGAUUGGACCUGGCUAAAAGAGUUUUAUCAGCGGCUAAUGGAUCAGAAGUGGCAGAGGAAAAAGAAGAGUAAAGAGCACUGGUAUCAGAAAGCAAUCUUGUCAAAGUUUCUCUACUACAGUAUAAAUGGUGAUGGGGCUGCAGAGCCUGUACCAAACAACCCGAAUGAAAGGGAGGUGGAGGAGGAGAAUGAAGCAGAGGAGUUCAGUUCUUCAUGGCCCACUGCCUUCACUAGCACAGCGUCUGAUACAGAAGAAUCGGAUGCUCCCAAGCAGGAAAGUGUUUCUAUGGACAGCAAGUUUGCUCUGGGCCAGGUGACAUCUGUACACAAAGAGCAAAACCUCCCUAUGCUCUUUAACGAAGGGGAGAACAGUCAGGGUUUAAGAAACGACUUUGUGCGAAACAUUAUGUGGACAUUUGAGGACAUCCACAUGUUGGUUGGGUCCAACAUGCCUAUUUUCGGAGGUGGUCGCUAUCCUGCCGUCAGUCUGAGACUCAGGGACAACAAUAAACCAAUCAACAUUCUGACAGGUAUCGACUACUGGCUCGACAAUCUGAUGUGUAAUGUCCCAGAGCUUGUCAUGUGCUUUCACGUCAAUGGCAUCGUUCAGAAAUAUGAGAUGAUAAAGACAGAGGAAAUCCCUCAUUUGGAGAACUCAACUUUCUCCACGAGGGUGGUGAAAGACAUCGCCCAAAAUAUCCUCUCGUUCCUCAAGUCCAACUGCACCAAAGAAGGGCACACUUACUGGCUUUUCAAAGCGAGUGGGAGUGACAUUGUGAAGCUUUAUGAUCUUACUACUCUGUGUGAGGAGGCGGAAGAAGAGAAAUGUCAGAAUCCCUUCACUCUUCCCGUUGCUGUUUUGCUAUACAGAGUUGCCAGCAACUUGAUGCUGAAAGCAAGGCAAAACAGAAAGCACUACGGCACAAUCAGAACUCUGCUUUUAAACUGCGUCAAACUUCUGGAUCAGGAAAGGCACCCCCAGAUCAUUGCUUCCGCACACUACAUGCUGUCAGAGCUGUUUCAGCUUGACGAGCCCCCAGGAGAAGAUGGAGGGGAGUCCCUUCGGGGUGGCGGCUCAGAGGACAGCUACAGCGACGAGGACAGGGAGGAGGAGGAGCUGACGGAGGACAGUGACGAGAACGGCUCCUACAGCUCUUGCUGCAGUCCACAUGAUGACAGUAAAGCUGUGGCUGUGAUCCGCUCCGUUUGGGAGCUGUCGGUCCCCGAGAAAUACAAAUCCACUCACCAGAUCAGACCAAGCAGUGCUUUCCCUGUUUCUCAAGACAAGGAGGAGAGAUGCAGACAUGUCCUGAGCUACGUGCUAAAAGGGCUGAAGGCAGUGGAUGGCACUAUCAAGAGGGAGAGUGAUCUCCCAGCUGCAGACCCUAACACGCCCAUUCCUCUUAAAUAUGAGGACAGAAGUGCAAUUGGAGCCUGUGCAGCCGAGCAAGGCAUCUCUCUUCUUCUUGAAAGAGCGAGGCUGUUGCAGGCAGACCACCCGACACGCUCAGGGAUGAUCCCCGGCUCGUGGCAGCACCGCAUGAAGCUGCAGCUCUUCCUCAAAGCCUCCAAGGCCUACUACGUCCUGUCUGAUGCUGCUACUAACUUGCUGAAGUACGGCCGAGCCCUGCGCUACAUCAAGCUAUCGCUGCAGUGCUACGAUGCCUAUUGUUCAGUAAGCGGAACACUGCACCCGCAGGUGCUGCAGUUUCACAGCCAGUGCCUGUCCCUGUGUGGGGACAUCCAGCUGAUGUUGGCACAGAAUGCCAACAACAGAGCAGCCUACCUGGAGGAAUACAGCUACCAGACCAAAGAGGACCAGGAGAUCCUGCACAGCCUGCACAGAGAGAGCAGCUGCCAGGCCUUCAACAUGGCAGCGGACCUGGCCAUGGACCCGGAGUACCAGCUGUUUGUUAGCAGUAAGUGCUACGAGGCAGCAUAUGAACUGCUUGUCUCUGAGGCUUUAAAAGAUCAUGCCUCAGAUCAGCUGGCUCAGGUGCUCAAAAGGUUGGGAAACAUCCACAACGAAAUGGGAGUCUACUAUAUGAACCAGGCUGCAGCCAUGCAGACUGAGAAAGAAGUGAAGAAGUCGGUGUCAGUAGUAGAACAGGAGAUGUGGAAAAAGAGUUUUGCCUUCUUUGAGAAAGGCAUGAAGAACUUUGGGGCCAUUGAGGACAGCACCAACACAGCCUUGCUGCUGUGUAAUACUGGCAGGCUGAUGAGAAUCUGUGCUCAGGCCCACUGUGCCCUGUCCUCCGACCAGAGCAGAGGGGAGUUCUCACCUGAAGAGGCCCUCUACUACAACAAGGCCAUAGAUUACUACUCGCGGGCUAUAAAGUCACUGAAAAGCCGAGACAACCAUUCAGCAGUGUGGGACAGUGUAAUCUGGGAGCUGUCCACUACCUAUUUUACCCUGGCUACACUUCUGCAGGACUACGCCCCGCUGUCCAGGAAGGCCCAGGAGCAGAUUGAGCGGGAGGUGACGGAGGCGAUGAUGAAGUCCCUCAAGUACUGCGACCUGCAGACUGAGUCGGCUCGGCAGCCGCUCUACCAGUACAGAGCUGCCACCAUCCACCACCGCCUGGCCUCUAUGUACCACAGCUGCGUCCGCAACCAGGUGGGGGAUGAACACUUGAGGAAGCAGCAUCGCAGCUUGGCAGAGCUUCACUACAGCAAGGCUGUCUCGUUGUUUCUCAGCCUUAAAGAUGCACCGUGUGAGCUGCUCCGCACGCUCUUGGAGAGGGUGGCCUUUGCUGAGUUUACCAUGGCAGGUCAGAGCAGCAACGCGGCUAAGCUGAAGAGCCUGACUGGAGCAGUUGAGAUCAUGACAGAAACACGCCAUGCUUUCCAGCUGAUUCAGAAAGAGCUGCUGGAGGAGCAGACAGAGUUGAGUGAACCAGACCCUGCUGAAUCAGCAGCGUGUCCUGAUGUGGCUGCUGGUCUCGCCUCAGGACUGAACCUCCAGGAAGUGAUGAAGUUAAUUGCCGUGUUUGAGCCGAGUUUCUCCUUCCUGCUGCUGCAGCUAAUCAAACUGAUGACGACGAUGAAACGGAAACCAAGCAAUAAGGAUGAGGAGCUGUUGAAGACCUAUAAGAAUGUGUACUCCAAGCUGCUGCGAGCUGAGAAAAACACACCUCUCCACAGCCGUGUCGAGCUCCACAUAGAGCUUCUGCAGCAGCUGACCCCGCAAACAGGAAGUGACGACACGGGUACGGAUUCAUGAUAAUUACAUAAACCAUAGCAAGUAAGACACUCAAGACCUUAAGUCUUCUCUAAGCCCCACUUGGGGGAAGACUUUGAAGACUCAACAACGUCUUCUCAAAAAUGCUGUGACAGAAAAUGAUGAUUUAUAGAAACCAUUAUUAAUAGGCACAUGCUCAGGCAACACCGUCCUAGUCUGAAUUACACUUUCAAAGCUAAUUUCACCUCCUGCGCCUUUUAAAAACAAAUUUAUCUUUUUCUAACAUUUGCAUCACAGGUUUUGAAUUGUACAUUUAUGUAACAAAGAGUUGUAAAUUCAGAAGAUAUUAUUUAAAUUUUUAUCUUAUUGCUUAAGCAGUUAUGGGCCACAUGUGAAGCUCCUAUGUGUGGGAUUUGUUGUUGAAUGUCCCAUCAUCCCCUGGAUCGCCUCAUUUUUCUCCAAACAAAAACCUACGGCAUACGAAAGAUUUCAAAAUGGUAUAAUCGCAUUUAACUCCUACACACAGGCGAUUAAAAAGAGAGAAAUUAUUCAGCACAUGCUCACGAAAGUGAUGAUUCAUCUGAAUAUAAUUGGUAUUUUUGAUAUUCAACAAUACCAAUAAUGCUGUGAAUAAAAUAGAUUGAAAUGUGACUGAAGGCUGACAAGUUAAAAUAAGAUCAAAAGUGUGCAAUAGUUUGGCAACAUUCAAUGCAAACUCAGGCUAGCCUGUCCAUGGAUGUUUGUAUACAUGUGAGUUUAUAUCAGCUUGGUUUGCUGUGACAUGAAAAUAAAAAGGUUUUUCAAUUU